AUGGCCGGCGAUCGAUUACUAGCCACGGUCCUACGGGCCUACCAAAACGCUCCCAAUCCAACCGAGACAGACAAGAUCUUCGGGACCACCACAUCGCUUCUCACCAGCCUCAACAAUCCUCUUAACCUAUCUCUACUCACCUCACAUUUCCUUACAGCUCGUGCGAUAUGGCAAUCUCCCGACGGCCUACGCACUUGUCUGCGUAUCAUAAGCAUAUACAACACCGCCUCAAUACACGUGCGGAAGAACGAAUUAGAAAAUGCGACACUUCUACCUGGACGACCACCCGUUGGUAGCGGAGUUCAUAGCGAGGAUUGGGCACGCGCAAUUGCGAAGGGGACGGACGAUAGGUCGAGUAGAUGGCAGCACGUACUAGUAUUAACAGGUAUCUUGAUGGGCAUGGAAGGAGAUGAUAGAAGAUCCUUAUCUCGGAGUUUACGGUCGACGCUCGAACAGGCCGUCGUUACAGCCGCCAACCUGGCACUCCAGGAAUCUGUGCGAACGGGGCCGUUAGAGCGUGGUGCUGUUAUCCUGGCGUUGACAUUUGCGUUUCCCCUCUUACACGAAUCGGCUAAGCAGAUUCUGGAUGGAAAUUUACUCCUACCGGCCAUCGUUGAGGCGAUGCUCGGAGAAGAAGGCCUUCAACACGGCGACUUCAUUUCACCGAUCGCGAACGAUGUCGUACCAGGAUCGAUCAUAAAAUGGCAACCUGAUUCGCCAUCCGUUGCUAGGAUUCAAAAGCUCGAGUCUCGGCCCCUGGCACAGAAUAUGGGCCCCCUUUCGCGACUCGCGUCAUUUGCUGUUCAACAGGCGAUGGAUCCCAACAUCGUCCUUCAGGCUCAUGAAGCACUUCUUGGGUUUACGGCGGCCUUGCUAAAUAAAUGGACGCAUUGUCCACUUUCUGCCAUCGACUUAACCGUCGAAUCUGCAGCUCUCUCGCCCGAGGUGCUUCUAGGCCCCUGGCCAGUUCUAUGGCAGCUGUUCAAAAAGAUCUUAUACGCCGUGGCCGCAACGAUUCAAGCUAUUGUUGGGCGAUCCCUAUUGGAUCCAUACCUUAGGAACGACGCAAUAGCAGCAACUACAGCUGCGAGAACGUUACAUAUACUACGCAACUUGUCCUUUAUAUCUACACGCCAAGGUGCGAGUUCGUUUCAAGUGUACACAUUUACUUACCUCACAUCGCUCGACAUUAUCACACGUUAUCCGGAUGCUUGCGUGUCCUUCCUUCGAGAUACACAGCCACCAUCACCUCAGGCAAGCAAUGUAGUACCGCCCCCGGUAAUCCAAGCCCUCGCCCUCUUCUACCUCAACAUAGCGGAGCACCUCCCACUCUCGCUACCAACACGUGCAUGCGAGGACCUGAUCGUCACACCCGCAACGGCCUACCUGGCUCCCUCCACCUCCUGGCUCGCCAGUCCAGCCAACACUCCUCCAUCCUCACUAACCCUCGAGCUCUUCGAGGCGGCACACUCAGCUAUCCUCUCGUCCCUUUCAUGUCCACAACACAGCACUCUCGCCGCCUCCCUCAUCCCCUUCUACGUCGACGCCCUACUAUCAUCUUUCCCCUCCCGCAUCUCCCCCCGGCAAUUCCGCCUCGCCUUCCGCACCGUCAUGCAGAUCUCUAGCCCCCCCUUCCCCCUCUCCGCCUCGCACCCCGACCUCGCCGAGGCCCUCCUCGAAACUUUACGCUUCCGCGCCGUCGAAGGCGCGUCUACAGACCCCUUGCCACCGAGCGAACAGGCCGCGGCUUCGUCCGAGGACCCCGCCUCGGAACAAUCGGCUCUUGUCCUGGCCCUCGUCGAUGCGCUACCCCAUGUCCCGCUACACGCGGUCGAGGAGUGGCUCACACGCGCUGCCGAGACUAUGAACGCGAUAGAGGACCCGCGUCUGCGUGAUGGUGUUCGUCGCCGCUUCUGGGAUGUCUUGGUUAACGGCGAGAUGGACGUCGAGCGCGCGGCUAUAGGCGUUGCGUGGUGGGGGACUGCUGGCGGGAGGGAGAUGGUGUUGCAUGGAUACCCGCGGCCAGAAGAGAGGAAUGGCGGUGGAGAAUUUCUGAUGAGUGGUGCUUUGGCACCGGGUCAGGAGAGGGAAGGGAGUAGACUGUGA